UUUCGCCAUAUUUCAGAGUAAAAACCAGUGUUUAACUGUUUAAAAUAAAUAGAAUAUUAAUUCUAAAGAUUUUUUAUGCAGAUAAAUUGAUUAUUUACUGGAUUUAUGAAAAAAUAUAUAUAAUUUAUUUUUUUUGAAAAUAUAUAUAUAAGAAAAAUAGUUAGUCCUAAAAUUUCGUGCUCUCUAAUGUUGUACGGAUUGAGAAAACCAUAAUUUUUUUAUAGUUGUCUAAAGAAAAACGAGUAUGUCAGAAAAAUAUGGGAAAAAGGGAAAGAAAAAAAAAAAAGAAACUUAUCAUACAUGUCUCGCGGCGGGCGAAACCGUGGAAUUUCAUUGCAGAAGACCUCAUUACAUACAUAAGGGGAAUUUUCUUUUUUUUUUUAUCAAAACGUUACAUAUAUCAAAAGAAACGGGAAGAAAUGCAGAAAAUUAUUAAAAGAAAAAAAAUUCAGGUCCGGAUCGUACAACCCCCCCUCAAUGGUCACGACAGUUUAGCAAUGAAGUGUGCAUGAGUUACAAUGGAACACCGAACAUGUGCCAUUUAGGUGGCUGUGUUUCACUCAUGCUCGAUGUUCUAUUGUAACACAUGUUUGAUUUCUAAACCGGUCGCUGCCACUAAGGACACAAGAAAAAAAAAAAUCUAUCUCACAUAAACUGGCGAAGGGAAGCCCUUCCCGUGGAAGGGCAGGGGUAUGGCAUAGCCUGUCCUUCAAAGCCUGAGAUUGGCUGUUGGAAAGCGGGUAUUAGUUUGGAUUUAUGUUGAUCACCAAGGUGUGAGCUAAGUGAUAAACUGCUGGUAAUCCUCACACACACACACACACACACACACCGCGUAGUGUAGUGGUUAGCACGCUCGGCUCACAACCAAGAAAGCCCGGGUUCGAAUCCCGGGCGGGGCGAGGGAAAUGGGCGAGCCUCUUAAUGUGUGGCCCCUGUUCACCUAUCAGCAAGAAGGUACGGUAUGUAACCCGAAGGGCUGUGACCUCGCUGUCCCGGUGUGUGGUGUGUAAGUGGUCUCGGUCCUACCUAAAGAUCGGUCACUAUGAGCUCUGAGCUCUUUCCGUAGGAUAAUGAGACGACUGUAGGUGAAUCACAUGCACGCACACACACACACAUACAUUCUCUCUCUCUCUCUCUCUCUCUCUCUGUAACAUUCCUAUAUGAAAUACUUCCGUUCAAAAUUUGGUCUGAAGACCAACACGUUAUUGUCAGGUGUACCGUGUGCGAACUUGAGCCCUCUUAUCCGUCUCCCCUCCCCACCUUUCUCUGACCAUCUAUCUACACCAUCCAUUCUCAUCAUUAGCUAUACACACACGCGCGCGCGCAGACAAGAGAGAGAUAAGGAAGGGUUACUAAUAUUCAUGGGGUCACCAACUUUUAAUUUGUCAGUUUGGUACAGACUGAUUUGCACUAAUGACUCUUCUUAAUUUUUGAUACACGUGUUUCUGUUUUCUUGUUUCAUGACACAGUCGCAUGACUUUGCAUUCCUUAAAGUAUAAUGAUGUUUAAUUACAUUGCAUAUGAUACUAUAAAUUAAAGCAAAUCAUUUGGACCUUAAUCGAACAGUUAGCGUCGCGGUGGUGGCUAUAAUGGCUAGGCCAGGACCAAGCUCUGCGCGGUGACCUCUGCCCCCCCACUCACCUAUUUCUCCUGCCUUGUAUUUCACCACUUUCUAUUGCCUUCUACCUCGUAAUAUACUUGUGAUUCUUACAUCUAGUUUUGACCAAUUAAUUCAUGGUGAUAUUAUGUUGCUUUACGUGAAGUUUACGACUGUAUUUGAGGAAAUAUGAGCAAAAUAGUGAGGUGUUGUCAAAUGACCCAUUUCCCAUUACCUUCUGACCAGUUCUUGGUCGCCAGUUUAUAUGAGAUGCGCACGAAGCCUAUGUCAGGUAAUACUGAUGGCAGCAGUGCUUCCCGUGAUGUAAUGCAUAACAUUAUCAAUACGAAAUUACCUUUAUCUGCAGACCAUACAUAUUAAUAUUAACACAGACUCCGAGGUAGAAAGAUAAGAAAAGAGGGGAUCGAAGGGAAUGUCGUUUCAGUAGCUCUCAAAAAAGUAAUAAAUAAAUAAAUAAAUAAAUAAAAAAUCGCAGUCAGUGUGGUGUGUCAAUACGGCACGGUGACAAAACCCUCACUUCACAAAACAUACCCUCCCCACAGCACCACUGUGGAGGAGGUCGGCGAGUCCUCGGCAUUUUUUUCUAAGCCGCCCCUCACAAUGAGCGGUGCCAGGACGCGUCAGGCAGCCAGAUAGUCACAGCCAGCCCAUCGCGCUGGUGGACGCUCACUCAUCCCCCAGCUCCCGUCCUGCACACAGCCUGCAAGCCUUCCCGCCACACCACCAGUAGUCCUGCACAUAGCCUGCCGACUUGCCACGCCACCAGCAGUCCCGGCCAGCAACAAUUAAGUGGUCUAUCGUGUGAAUGAUAACAGUGAACACUUACCACAAUGGGUCUCGAGACAGAGAUGUCAAAAAUUGAAGGGUCACUUCAAGGUCACGUCAACUCGGCAUUCGUCACCACUUCGGGGGACGAGGUCACUCCCGCAGCCCUUGAGGGAAGAGAACCCGUCACUACCUCACCCCAGACAGGAAAAGAGGCAGCUCGUGCCGGAGGGAAGACGAGCGGCGUGCGAGCAGACCACAGCAAACCUGAAGCAAAAGAUGCUGACUUAAAGAAAAACAAAGGCCAAGGAUCAUCUCCUCCUCUCAGGAAUCAGGUGGCAUACGCGGCGCUGGCUGCCAUGACACACGCAGCCAUCGGCACCAUGCUUGGUCUGCCCGGCGUGAUCCUGCCGCAGCUCACUGAUCCAACCUCACACGACCUGUUCCUCAACACUUCCCAGGUGGCGCUCUUCGGCAGUCUGAUCCACGUGGGCGCCAUGGCGGGUUCCCUGGUGGGUGGCGGCCUUAGUGUUUAUCUGGGGCAGCGCGUCACUCUCCUGAUUGUGAUGCCCUUCUGCUUGGUGCUGUGGCUCGGCAUGGCCUUCACCUCAACUGUGUGGAUCUUGCAGCUGAUGCGCGCCCUUCUGGGAGUGGUGCAGGGCUUCAUCGGAACCACAGCGGGUAACUACCUGGUGGAGAUAACACAUUCCAGCUUACGGGGAUGCCUCAUACCUUUCCUGGACAUAUGGAGGCAGUUUGGGAUCUUACUGGUGUAUGCUGUGGGCUCCUUUCAUCUGACGUGGCGUGAGGUAAUGUUGGUGUGUGGUUGCGUUAGUACUGUGCCAACUUUCAUUGCUCUUCUGUUUCUCCCUAACUCACCGCGAUGGUUAGUGACUCGGGGCCGCGAACAGGAGGCGUACAAGGCCCUGGUCUUCCUGAGAGGUCCUCAGUAUAACUCCAAGAUAGAGCUGCAAUCAGUCGUGGACCACUUUCAAGAGGAGGCCACCAAAAAGAAGAGCGCGAUGGAGCAGCUGAGACAAAUGGGGGAACCCAACAUCUUGUACAGACUAACGUUCAUAAUCAUCUUGACGGUUUUCCUACAGUUCACCGGCAACAUUCCCAUCGUCACGUACAGCAUUCCAAUAUUCCAGGCGGCCAACUCGUCUAUGAAUUCGUACGGCUGCUUGGUGUCCAUCGCAUGCCUCCGAGUCGCGGGCAUCCUGGUCUACAUGCUGGUGGCGGAGCGCUUGGGUCGCAGGGUGCUGGUAAUAACGUCCAGCCUAAUCUGCACCGUCUCCCUCCUGCUUCUCGGUGUGUACUUCUUCCUGCAGAGCUCAGGGACAGACGUCUCCGCUAUCACGUGGCUGCCGCUCUUCUCGCUCCUGGUGUACAUGCCCUUUGUCGUCAUCCUCGAGUCAAUAAUCUCCAUAAUGAGAUCGGAAGUUUUCUCAAACUCCAUCCGUGCAAUGGCCGUGUCUUUGAUGUCUGUUGUCUUCUUCUUGACCAUGUUCUUGUCCACGCAACUGUUCCCCAUCAUGACGGAGACCAUGAUGGAGCAAGGCGUGUUCUGGACUUACGCCCUCUCGUGCCUCCUCAUGGCCCUCACGACUGCAGUGCUGCUGCCCGAGACUCGCGGCCUCACCCUGGAGGAAGUGGACCACGUGUUCAAGUACGGUAAGAAAGUUGUGUUGCCCAUCCCGUGCGUCUACGAUAAAGUGCGGAUAAGCGAAUAGUUGCGUUGAUGCUCCAUGACUCUUUUACAUCCGAGAUGGAGAGUGACGAGUAUAUUGUGAUCCAAUUUGCCUCAUGAAUGAGCUCAAGUCAUUUCUGCGAGGCGACAAUUAUUGAUUAGAGGCACUAUGUAUAACCAAACACCACACGAGAUAGACACACUCAAAAAAAGUACAGUCACACACUGAGCACGAUAAAAACUGACGCCAAGAACGGAUCCAUUCAUAACAGGUUACUCAUGUUUUUAUCCAUGCUUGUGUUUAGUGCAGCUGCACCUGCAUUAAUCAGGUAAGCGAUACUCGUAAAUGAAGCAAUAGGAUUUGAGCUGCCACAGUAACGCUUCAUGUACUCGUAGCACAAGCGGAACAAGUCGAACAAGCUUACCAAACCUGUCGAGAUUACCGGGUUGUUCAGUGUGAAACUCAUCGGACACCACUGUAACGAUACUUUUUUUUUUUUUUUGAGUGUGUACAUCGAUCAAGGGGAGGAGCAGUUAAGGGGGAAAUCUUAAAGAGCUGGUUGAUGUUGUUCUUUGUCUACAUUACCCGAAGUACCGUCCACUCAGUCCCCUAUCAAAAAAGGAGCCACGGAUGAGAUGACAAAGCCUUAGAGUUAUUGAUGCAAGCGCCGCUGUAUCCUAAACUGCGUUAGAUUGGCAUCGUGUAGCAACCCGUGCUACAGCAAUGUGCCCCAGCUCACUCAACCUGUGUCGCAUAAAUGGGAAUAUCAAGCACCGAUGCAGUCAAUAGGAAGGCUGUACAUGUCACGGCUCCACUACCAUCACUCAUAUUACUGCCUCUACGUAAAUACACUGCUAAUCCUAGUCACUAACACGUAGGGAGUCCUCACGAUGCCAAUUCACUGUUGUCCUGCGCCUACUGCUUGAUAUAAAAAGUUGUAUACGUCCUUUUUUUCCUCCUUAUCAAAAAUCUGAUAACACCGUCACGUACAGAAAAAUUUUCAGUAUUUGAUGCCACUAUUUCUAUUUGAAGUAUGAAAAAAUAACAUGGAACAAAAAGAAGUCUAUGCAUUCAUGACCCUGUCCAUAACCUCAAUUCGUAUUGUAUCGUGAAUUCAUAGUCAAUUUGAAACUUUUUUUUUAGACAGUCGUAAUUCACUACCAUUCUUCUGUUCAAGGAUGGAAAGAUCAAGUAAGUAUUUCGCAAAAUAAGGACGAGACGGAGAAGAAACGUAAAACUCACAGUAUGGAGAAGAAAGUUCCUGUACUAAAUGGAAAAAAGGCUGACUGAUGCCACAGCCCUGUCAAGACCUGAUAACAGGAAUAGUGUCGGCUCCGGUGCACACUAGGAAUGGACAGACUAUAAGCACUUAUAUACUAUCAUGCUGCAUAGAGCAAAAAUUAAUAUACAUAUACAGGUAAAUAAGUAAAUAAAUAAGUAAACGAAAAAUAAGAUAAAUGAAUAAAUCAAUCAGUCGAUCAAAUGUAGUACAGGCCUGGGAAAAAAAAAUUACCCUGCCAUUGCUACUCUGCCUAUUGAAAAGUUUUUUUUGUUGAUAACUUUUGAUGGUUCAGACUUUUCCUUUAAUCUUUUUGUACAUUUUUAAUGCGUCAUUAAUCUUUCUGUAAAAAAAAAAAAAAAAAAGACAGACAAAAAAGGAGCACUCUUUAUAGUACAGCUGGAAACGAAUGUUUUUAUUUAUACAACCAUGAUUAAGAGAGAGAGAGAGAGAGAGAGAGAGAGAGAGAGAGAGAGAGAGAGAGAGAGAGAGAGAGAGAGAGAGAGAGAGAAA